CAAAAAAUCUUUCUGAGUUGUUUUGGAAUGGUGACGGAGCAAAUCUACCACUACUCCUUAGACGCCCCUUCACUUCAACGUGAUUCUGUUGUCUCUCUUCUUAAGCCUCCAACAAUUCCAGAAUCUUCAUGGGGUGGUAAAGUAUAUGUGAAUUCUUGCAGUGGGUUAUUUGUUCUAGCUCUCUCUCCUUACAAUAUUGUCCUGUGGAACCCGACCAUCAGAGAAUCAAGAAAAAUCCCAAGUCCAAUCUCCAUUCAUGGUGAGGAGCGGUCCCAUACUUUUUAUGGUUUAGGGUACGAUUCUCCAUCUUCCAAAGACGAUUACAAAAUAGUUAGACUAGGAUUAAUAUAUCAUCCAGAUGGACAUGAUGUUCAAAUAUUUUCGACCAAGAGUGACUCGUGGAAAUUGAUUGGGAAGCUACCCGUAAGCUAUGACAUUGAGGGAGAUAUGGUUGUUGCUGAUGGAAUUGUUUAUAUGAUCAUAAAUGAGCCACCCGACAAUAAAUUUAUUUUAUCUUUGUGUUUGAAAAAUGAAAAUUUUGAAGAAAUAUUGUUUCAAGGUCAUCGGGACCUAUUAAUGGAAAAACCAAAUUUGUUCACUGUUGAAGGAUGCCUUUGUUUGACAAAGUUUUCGUCCCUUAUUAAUGAGUUGGCCGAUUUCGAGGUUUGGCGUAUGAAAAAGAAUGGAACCAUGAGCUAUUCAUGGAGUAAAGUAUUAGCAAUUACAGUGCCAGUGCCAGAUGAUAACUGGCUUUGUACAAGAAUCCAUGUCCUUCCUGUGAGCUUUAUGAAGGAUGGAGGCAUCUUAUUUCGGAGGAGUAAAGCUGAAUUACUAUUUUACGAUCCAAAAACACAAAAGUUUGAAGAAGUUAAAACUGCUGGGCUUGAAGCAUCACUUUACUUGUAUGGUGCAGUAACAUAUGUGGAGACUUUAAUCUCUCCUAAUGCUCUCUAG